AUGCCCACCAUGCUCUCGAGUACAGUCGCUCGUCCCCUUCAGCUCAUCACGCGGGUGAUGCAGUGGUCCAGCGCCGUCAUCGUCAUGGGCAUCACCUCCUACUUCAUCCACCGAGGUCCGCGCGGGCAGCACAUCAUCUACCAGGAAGUCAUUGCCACCUUGUCCGUCGUCUUCUUCCUCCCGGCCUUCAUCUCCCCCUUCAUGCCAUCCGCUCUGAGCAGAUUCGUCCUUGCUAUCGACGUCAUCUUCUCCUACCUCUGGCUGACGGCCUUCAUCUUCGCCGCGCAAGACUACAGCUGGCACGCUUGCUUCUGGAACGCACCCCCGGGCCUCGCUUGCUCCCGCAAGAGAGCUAAUGAAGCCUUCAUCUUUCUCGCUUUCUUCUUUACUCUCCUCGGUAUGUUGCUCGAGCUCAUGUCCCUGUGGGCCUAUAGAAGAGAGAACAGCGCCCCUGUCCGGGAGAAGAAUGGUCAUGGCAUCGGCCCCGGUACAGCGACUGAGACUCCCGCGAACACUACUGUGUAG